AUGUGUGGGUUGGUGGCGACAGAGACACCGUCGGGCGCACAGAUACCGGGAGCGCCUGAGCACUUUGCGACUCGAGGAUGCCACCUGUCUGGACUACUUUUGGCUGGACCGCGCUGCCAUCCAGGACGUGUGAGAGCAGCUCGCCCCAUCCCUGUCCUGCAGCGGGUUCUCAUCUCCCUGUGCUUCCUGGUGACCAGCUCCUUCCAGGGUAUGGUGGCCAAGGUCCUGGGUGUCUCCCAGUCGUCGGCCAGCCACUGCCUCCACUCCUUCCUAGACACCAUGUUUCAGCGCCUCCAGCAGCACGUGCCGUUCCCAACAGGCAAGGAGGAGCUGCAGACUGCCAGAGCUGGCUUCAUGGUGGUCGUGGGGUUCCCCAAUGUCAUAGGGGCUGUGGACUGCACGCAUGUCACCCUGGUGGCCCCGUGGAAGGAUCCCAUGGUGUACCGGAACAGGCACCACUUCUACAGCCUCAGCGUGCAGGCAUCCUGCAACAACCAGGGACUCUUCACAGAUCUGGUGGCGAAGUUCCCAGGGAGUGUACAUGAUGACCAGAUCUUCACGUCCUUGGGCCUCAAUCGCCUCCUGGCAGCCUGGCCGGAUGGGCAGGGGUGGUUGCUAGGUAAGGCCACCAAGUGGUGGCAUGGGGCACCCCUCCCAUCCCCUGUCCUCACCUUCCUGUCCUCCACAGGUGACCAAGUAUACCCAUUGCUGCCUUACCUGCUGACACCGUACCAGGAGGAUGCGCCUGAGGACCAGACAGCAUACAACCAGGUGCACAGGGCCACUUGCAUAGUCAUCGAACGUUCCUUUGGGCAGCUGAAGAUGAGGUUCUGCUGCCUGCACCACACAGAUGGCUGA